GGAGCCGCACCUGCGUGGUUGGAAGGCUUGGUUCAGGGGUCAAGCUCGCUCGGGCUGGUCCUGGCGGGGUUGGCACCCUGGGAGGUUCUGGGGCUCGAGGGCGGAGCUUGACAACACCGUGCACGCCUUAGGCUCAGGUGCACUGAGCAGGCAGGUAGAGAGCUUUUGAAGCCGCCGCGCUGGAGUUGGAGCUGGAGUUCCGUGGGGCCGGAGGGCAGAGGCUGCUCUCGGCCUACCCGGGGACAGAGAAUGAGUCCGAAGCUGUGGCCUCCGGGCGGAAAGGCCGUGCCCAGAACGUGCUGCGCUGGUUCACCACCGUGGUGCUGUGUGCCGCUUUCCUGGGGCUGGGACUGAGUGUUGCUAUCCUGGGACCCACCUUUCCAGAUUUGGCAAGGAAUGUGAACCGAAACAUCAGCAGCCUGUCUUUCAUCUUUGUGGGCCGUGCCUCGGGGUAUUUAUGUGGCUCUAUGAUUGGAGGAGUUCUUUUUGAGUGUAUUAAUCAUUUUUUACUUUUGGGGGUGUCACUUUCUGCUACCACAGUUGGUCUUUAUCUUACUCCAUUCUGCAAGACAGCAGUCCUACUGGUUGUCAUGAUGUCUGUCUUUGGUGUUUCAAUGGGCCUUCUGGAUACAGGUGGGAACGUCCUCAUCUUGGAUCUUUGGGGGGAUGAAGGAGCCCCACACAUGCAGGCCUUGCACUUCAGUUUUGCCUUGGGUGCCUUCCUGGCUCCCUUGUUGGCCAAAUUGGCCUGGGGAACAUCAGCAUCCACUCAGAACCACACAGCGCCCGACUUCAACCCUCUAAUGCUGAACGGAUCCUCUGAAGCCACCUCAGACUCUCUGUUUGCAGUUCCUGAGGACAUGAACCUGCUGUGGGCAUAUGCUUCCAUCGGCACCUAUGUCUUAGUAGUUUCUGUCUUUCUGUUUGCUCUGUUUUGUAAGAAAAGCUCAAGGCAGGAAAAAGCCACAGCAUCUGCUCAGGAAGCUCGAAGAGCUAAAUAUCACAGGGCCCUGCUCUGUCUCCUCUUCAUCUUCUUUUUCUUUUACGUUGGAGCCGAGGUGACCUACGGCUCUUAUGUAUUCUCCUUCGCUACCACCCAUGUUGGCAUGGAAGAAAGUGAAGCAGCCGGCUUAAACUCCAUCUUCUGGGGGACCUUUGCUGCCUGUAGGGGCCUGGCCAUCUUCUUUGCAACAUUCUUAAAGCCCGGAACCAUGAUUGUGUUGUGCAACAUUGGCAGCCUGACCUCUUCUUUAUUUCUGGUGCUUUUUGACAAGAGCCCUCUUUGUCUCUGGAUUGCAACUUCUGUGUAUGGAGCCUCGAUGGCAGCCACGUUUCCCAGUGGCAUUUCCUGGAUUGAGCAGUACACCAACAUAAGCGGGAAAUCUGCAGCGUUCUUCGUAAUUGGUGCUGCUCUAGGAGAAAUGGCGAUUCCUGCAGUAAUCGGAAUUCUUCAAGGCCACUACCCAGAUCUGCCAGUAGUUCUGUACACCGGUCUGGGGUCGGCCACAUUCACUGCUGUCUUAUUUCCUGUGAUGUAUAAGUUAGCCACCUUACCUCUGGCUCACCAGCCAAAAGGAAGGAAGAGUGAGGACCAGAGAGCUCUGCUUUCCGGCUCUGAGCUCAAUGACUGCGAAGAAGAGAAUGAAGAGGAAGAUGCCGAAAAGUGGAACGAAAUGGAUUUUGAAGUGGUUGAAAUGAUUGAUCCGAUGCAGGAGUCUGUAAGGGACACGUCUAGAGAUGCCCUAGGGAAGCCCACACCUGAGGCUUCCAAUCACUUCCUGUCAAAGGCGUACUUUCCCGUCAGUAGCGGCGACCCCCUUGUGAAUCACCAGGACAAAAGGGACUGACAGUCAGAGGAGAUGGAUCACUGAAUGACUCCACUGAGUCAUCGCAGCUCCUGAAGCACUCCUCAGGCAGAGCUUUGGCAGACUCUCCGCGUGCGUUGGCAAUUGAAAUUUGUGUUCACAGCAAGCGGUGAAACUGUUUGAAGAGUAGGCUCUGGUUAGGCGACUGUGUUAUGGUCCCCGCCUGUCAGAAGGCGUUUUUCGUGUGAGGAGCUGGGUAGUGUACCAGUAGACGACACUGCAGAAGAGGGGAGCUGUUGGCUGAGCAAAUGGUCUUACGUUUGCACUCCGCCAGGGGCUUGAGGAGAGCAGGCAGUGGAAGAGCCAGCUUUGGAGACAGAAACUUUUCUUAACUUUCCCCUCUGUGUAGGGUGGUACUGAAAAACACUGCUGACUUUUUCUUAUUUCUGUGAGAAUAUGGAUAGGUCAUGAUUUCUAGAUCAAUAUCUAGCUUCCUCCCUGACUCCAUUCUGAGCUUUGACACUGUCUGGUUUAUUGGGUCUCCUGUGAUUCUAGAAAUGCAAGUAGGGUUAUUUCCAAAUUUUAGGGUUUGGGUUUGUUUUGUUUCUUGAGUCUUACUUUAUAGUCCAGGCUGGCCUGGAAUUUAUUAAGUAGCCCAGGUUGGCCUCAGACUCAACGCUCUGUCUCUGCCUCCUGAAUUUUGUGCUAGAGGUGUGUGCCACCAUGCAUGGUGAAAUGUGUACGUUUUAAGUUGUAUAUUGUUUUUGCUAAAUAACCCAUUCAUUUCAAAUGAAAUGUAAAGCAAAAGUGAUGGUUAGCCCUUCGGACGUGCCUCGGCUUGUGAAACCCUGCAGUUUAGCAAGCAGUUUAGUAGCACCGCUGCCGUCACUGGUCUAUAACAUGCCCCUUCCCCUCACACUCAAGGGGAGUUAUUUAAGUAUUCCAGUAAAUUCUAGUCUUGUUUCCCUUGCGUUUAAAAAUUUCCCCCCAAUUUCUGUAUCAUGUCCGGGUAAUACAGCAGGUCACUGCAUUUCAGAGAUUAUGGUAUUUUUGCUGGCACUUUAGAAGAGGGAUUAUUUUUAUAUAUGAGUCUAUAUCAUGUUCAGAGAGGAUUUGGAAACAGUCUGUUGAUUUUAUGUAAUUAUUGUUAUUUUUUUAACUUUACUUUUUUUAAUGCUGGUGACUGAACACAGGACCUUGCACUUGCUAAGCAAGUUCUCUGCCACUGGACUGGGGGUGUCUUAUGUUUCAGUUAUAGAAGCCAUUUUAGAGUUACUGUGUUGGCAGUAAGGUGUGGACAGGUCCUUUGGUGUCCAUAGCCUGCCUCAGUAACUGCCUCAGGCUGGAUCUGGGCCUUGCAGUUGGGAUUCGACUCUCACUGGGUUGGGUUAUUAAUCACAUAUGUACUGUAAACCAAGCUAAAAGUUUAGUUUACAAAUGAGGCACCAUCUUUUUUGGUGAUUGGAGAACCUGUGUCCCUUCCAGGACUCCUUGAACUUGAAGUACCUGGAGACCAAAAUAAGGUUGGUGUGGUGGCCUAGGAAAUCAGGGAUAAGGGAUGCUGCUGCUCAGAUGUGCCAGAGCUCGUCUGGGCCGUCCUGUGAUAACUGACCUGUACCUCUCCUCAAGUCUUACGCUGAGUGACAAUGAACUGCAAUGUGUUUGUUAAUCUCUUACCAGAGUUUAAAAUUUGUUUUUCUUAAAAUAAGUGCUUUGUUUUUUCUUAAAAAAAAAUUAAAAUUUCUUUUCUGUGUGUGA